CUAGGAUUGGGCGAAAAGCUCAGACUCCGUUUCUUACAGCUCUUACGAUUGGAGAAUACUUGUAGGCGCGGAGGGGCCCUCGACUUGGCUUUUUGGUUCGUCGGUUGAGAAGGAGCACUAGCUGCGGCGCGAACGGGAGUGUUGGAGCGGUUAGUGUGUUUGGGGUGAGCGGCGGGGAGGCGCGGGAUGGCUGAAGUGGGGCAGUAGCGGAGAGAGACACGAUGCAAACUGCUUGCUCCGUGGGGCGGGUUCACGGUGCUUUGCUAGGACAGAGAGGAAGGGGCUCCUGUUUGAUUUUCAUCUUUAAAAGUCGUAAUGCAGAUGACUAGGAGGGUAAAGCUCCCCACCACCUAUUAUUACUAUUACAGCGGGUUACAUCCAUUAAAAGGCCAUACUCAGAAGCAAUUUAAAAGAUCUUACAGCCACAGAAAUAAGGUGACAGGAGUGAGCAGCAUGACUUCCUCUCCAAGAACACCCUCUGCCUCCAAAAGGUCAGCUACCGGCCACGGCUCCCCCAAAUGUCCCAGUUUCCCAUCACCUCACCAGAAUGAUUGUACUCCUCUUCCUUCAAUCAACGAACGUCUGGCCUUUCUCCGCCCUUCCCGGCAACUGCUGGAAUACUACCGAAAGAAGAUUGCAGAAUUUGAUGAAGAGCAUGAGGAACUGGUCCAAAGGCUGGAGAAAUAUAAAGCAUCACAUGAUGAGCAGCACAAAUUACAAUGGGAAAUGCGUCAGCGAGAAGAAGAAAUCGCAGAGCUGCAGAAGGCUCUGAGUGACAUGCAGGUUUUCCUCUUUCAGGAGAGGGAGCACGUCUUGCGCCUUUAUGCUGAGAAUGAUCGGCUCAAAAUCAGAGAGCUGGAGGAUAGAAAGAAGAUCCAGCAUCUUUUGGCUUUACUGGGAACAGACAGUGGCGAAGUUACCUAUUUCUGCAAGGAACCACCUCACAAGGCCACUAUACCUCAAAGGCUAAUCAAGGGCAGGGAUUCACAUGAUCGAAGUGGCAAGCAUACUUCAAAAGCAGGUAUAAAACUCUGUGCCACAGAAAAGGGAGAAAAACCAGAAAAUGAGGAUAGAUACAAUAAAGAUGAGCAAACACUCUUAUUACAGGUUGAAGCUCUUCAAGCUCAACUAGAGGAACAGGCCAAGCUGUCCAAGGAACAAACUGAAGCAUUGCUGGAGGACAGACGAAUCCGUAUAGAAGAGACUCUGGUCCAGCAUCAGAGGGACCAGGAGAAGAUCAAGGAGCUUACUAAGAAUUACCACAAAGUUCAGAACUUGCUGCACGAGAGCACCAGAGAUUUUCUCCAGAUGAAGUUUGACGCACGGGCAAAUGAGAAGUCCUGGAUGGCAGAGAAGGACAUGCUGCUGAGGAAGCUUGACAAAAGCAAAAGAGCACCCAAGUGGAGCAGGAUCCAGCGGGACAGCAGCCGAGGUCGGGAGGACAUCAAGAGAAGACAGGACAGCGGCCGAGUUUCGGAGGACAUCAAUAGAAGCCAAGACAGCGGCCGGCGAGACAGUGGCCAAGGUUCAGGAGACAUCAGGAGAAGGCAGGACAGUGGCCAGCAAGGCGUCAGCCCGGGGCGGUGGGACAGCAGCCCGGAGCAGUGGGAAAGCAGCCCAGAGCGGUGGGAAAGCAGCCCAGAGCGGUGGGACAGCAGCCCGUGCCAGUAUUCUAUUGGCAGAGUUGCUUCUGGCAGGAGGAAAAUGCAAGACAGAGGUGCCAAUCACGUUUCACGGGCAGAGCAUGAAUGCCGUAAACGAUACUGUGCAGAGAUUAAGAGGCUACAGGAGCGAUUAACACAGGAACAGCGGCUAUCAAACAUGUUCCGAGAGCAGUGCGUUUCCCUGGAAGAGCAGUUGGCUAAGAUUCGAGAGGAAGGAGAUGUAGGACGAGAGAUCUUCAAGGAACGGUCAGAAAAGAUGGGGAAGCGCCUGCAGCUGAUGACCCAGCGCUAUGAGGCCUUGGUGAAACGGCGUGGCAUGGAGGUGGAAGGCUUUAAGACAGACAUCAAACAACUUCGGCAAAGUCUGAAGGAGGUAGAGCGACUACUUUUCAAGGCGACAGUGAAUGUGGGGCCAGAGCAAGACCUUGCAAUUCUGCAGGAAGUUCGCCAGGGGAAUAGGAGAACUAAAAAAAUUCAAGGGGAAUUGAAAAAUUUAAAGUCAAAGAUCUAUGGUCUGGAAAAUGAGCUCAGAGCCUGCUGAUAAAAGACAUACCAGCCAACACCAGUGGCAUAUAGAUAAAGGCCAUUGUUACAACAGCUUUCUCGUAUCUUUAUUUUGUGACACCACGUGGAGCUUACUGUGGCUCUAGGAUGUAACUUUAUACUCCAGGACUUAAGGAACCCAUUAAACCUAAAGUGAGGUUUGGAAGGAAA